AUGGCUUCCCAGGUCACCGACACCGAGGUCAACAAGACCCCCGACAACCACGGCACGGCCGAUGCGCCGAUCCGCCGCAACUCGGACCCGGCGCUGGAACCCUCCAACCAGCACCAGCAUCAACACUUGUACCACUCCGACAAUGUGAUUGCAAAGGGCCAUGCCGACAAUGUCACCUACACAACGACGGGCGAGUCGACUGUUCCCCACCAGAGUCACCUACACAACCAUGGCGAGCCGCACGACAUCGAGAAGGGUCACCCGGAGAAGCUGAACUCUCCUCCCCAGUACGACGGCGAGAAGGGCGGUAUCCAGACCCCGAGUGAGCGCGAGUCUCAGGAACAGCCUCCCCCUCCCAGUUACGACUCACUCUUUGGUCCCAUUAAAAAGUUUGUCGUCAAGAACAAGCGGCACCUUUGGGUCUUCUUCCUCUUCGCCCUUUUCACCGGCUGGUGGAUUGCCUCGCUCGUUUUGCACCGCAAUGACAAGAACUGGGUCAUUCCUUUCCUCGUCUGGCUCGGUAUCAUGCUCCGCCUGGUUUUCUUCUACGUUCCCAGCACGUACAUCUCGCGCCCGAUCAAGUUCGUCUGGCAGCACUCGGCGAUUUACAUUUACAACGCUAUCCCCGCCAAGUUCCGCACUCUCGCGGGCGCCGCCGUGACUAUCGCCGUCGUCCUCGUUGGUUCGUUCGUCUCGGAGGAAUCUGCCGACAACAACCGUGAGAACCGCGCCGUGUCCAUCUUUGGUCUGAUCGUCAUCCUUUUCGCCUUCUGGGUCACUUCCAAUGACCGUAAGCGCGUCAACUGGCGCCCGGUUAUCGGCGGUAUGCUCUCGCAGUACAUCAUUGCGCUCUUCGUCCUCCGUACCGGCGUCGGAUACGACAUUUUCAAGUUCAUCGCGGACCGCGCUGGUGACUUGCUUGGCUUUGCGAACCAGGGAACUGCUUUCCUGACUGCCGACAGCGUCAUUGACCUCCACUGGUUCAUCACCGGCGUCAUUCCUCCCAUCAUCUUCUUCGUGGCCAUUGUCCAGGUGCUCUACUUCAUUGGCUUCCUGCAAUGGUUCAUCGGCAAGUUCGCCACCUUCGUUUUCUGGGCUCUUCGCGUGUCCGGUGCCGAGGCUGUCGUCGCUGCCGCCACUCCCUUCAUCGGCCAGGGCGAGUCUGCCAUGUUGGUUCGUCCUUUCGUUCCUCACAUGACCAAGGCCGAGAUUCACCAGAUCAUGACCUGCGGUUUCGCGACCAUCUCUGGUUCCACUCUCGUCGCCUACAUCAACCUGGGUCUGAACGCCCAGGCCAUGGUGUCGUCUUGCGUCAUGUCCAUCCCCGCCUCGAUCGCCAUCUCCAAGCUGCGCUACCCCGAGAAGGAGGAGACCUUGACCGCCGGAAAGGUCGUUAUUCCCGAUGACGACGAGCACGAGGCCAAGAACGCCAUCCACGCCUUUGCCAACGGUGCCUGGUUGGGUAUCAAGAUCGCCGGUACCAUCGUUGCCUCGAUUCUCUGCAUUCUGGCCUUCAUUGGUCUGGUUGACGGUCUCUUGAGCUGGUGGGGAAGCUACCUCAACAUCAACUCGCCUCCUCUGACGCUCAACCUCAUCACCGGCUACAUCUUCUACCCGAUCGCGUUCCUCUUGGGUGUUCCCCGCGACGAGGAUCUGCUCAAGGUCGCCCGCCUGAUCGCCAUGAAGGUCAUCGCUAACGAGUACGUUGCCUUCUCCGCGAUGAAGGAGCCGGAAUACGCCGACCUCUCCCCUCGCUCUCAGCUCAUUGCCACCUACGCCCUCUGCGGUUUCGGUAACAUUGGUUCUCUGGGUAUCCAGAUUGGUAUCCUGGGCCAGCUUGCUCCCAGCCGUGGUGGUGAUGUCAGUGCCAUGGCCAUCUCUGCCCUCAUCUCCGGUGUCAUGUCGACGUUGACUUCCGCCGCUGUUGCCGGUCUUGUCAUCACCCACCAGACGACCAACCUGGUCUAA